UUCUGUGAAUGUGUUGUGUCAAUCCACCUUCCUCCCGUCCUCUUUUUCCGAACUGGAUGAGUUUGGAUCAGAUCUCCGAGGAGGAAGCAGUGAGAAUGAGUGGUGGAGAGUUAAAAGUUCUCCUCGAUGUGGAGGAAUGCCUAUCGUCGAAACAAUGGACUUUCCUGGAGGAAACUCCAGCCAUCCAAGAUGACUUGGAGUCAAUGGAUGGAGAAAUCGCACCAAGGACCCCACCGGUAUUCUUAUCGUCGCCGUCGCGGGAGGCUAGCUGCGCCCCUAAGGGGGAAUCGUCGGGGGUGUCACCGAGCGACUGGUGGACAUCUACUUUAGGGAUUCGAUCGACUGACGAGAAGAAAAGAAAUCUACAGUUCUUCCACGGAUUCACCCAGAUGGAAAUAGUCAGAGACAUCAGAAAAAAUCUGCACUCCAUACUCUUAUCACUUCAAAAAAAACCAUGAAAGCAUUUUUAAUCA